AAGGAAACGGUAUAAGGGCUAACCAGGCUGUCCCGUGUCAGAGCACAGAGUAUAGGCUGGACCGUCAGCACGCACACCCGGGCAGACCAUCGGUCAGUGGGAGUUCCUGUCCAGGGAGAGGAGCUUCAGAGAAAAGAGCCAAAGGUGAUCCGGCCUUUAACUCUGAUUCCCAUCGGAUUUUUACAAGAAGUCCGUGGUGGCAGGCUCCAAAAUGUUUUUCAGACUCCCAACACUCACUCCUGGUUACAUCAGGCUGCUGCAGACCCAGGCGUUCCAUAACAUGCCGGUGACUCCUCCGGCCGAGAAGACCGUGCCCGGUGUGGCUAUGCUGCUGGGGGCCGUGGGGAUCGGGAUGUGCGGCUACAGCUCCAAGCAGUUGGCCCUUCACCACAGGCCCUCCACUCGUGUGCUGCACUGGGUUGGCACACACACCGACGCAGGCGGCCCUGGCACGGCGACACACAGGACCCCCGUCCUGGAUGUAACCCGCCGAGCUCCCACCCCCCAGGAGAUCCCACCUCCCUCCUUUGUGGGCCAGAAAUUUCCCUAAAAUAACUGCAGCCACGUAACGAAUUUAGAUCACGAAGCGUUGAAGUUCAAGUUCCUGUAGCUACACUUCCUCAGGUCUAAGAUUGUAGCCAUGCUGGCCCGUUGCAGCCGCGAUGAGGCCCAUGGGCUCUCUGAAGACGAGAAAGCGUAGCUACGUGACUUAACCUAAAUGCGAACUGUAGUUAUAUGGAAUUCCUUACCUAGUGCAAUAGAUGUAAUAUCAGUUCUCAUUUAAAAAGCACUGACAGGACGCACAGCUGUGAGAGUGACUGGAUGAGUAUAAUACCGAUGCUGGGAAUUCCCAGACUCGGGUUGGGUGUGACUUCAUCGAGCUAGAACGUUUCAUUUGGAGAUGCGCCACCAGUGAAAUGUUUGGAUACAUUCUCUAAUUUAAUGUAAUGAGAAAGUGUGUUCAAACUUUUGACUGCUGGUCUAAAUUCAUGGCAGUAAAAAGAAAGCAACAAGCUUGGGUUAGCCCCUCUCUCUUUGAUUCUUAAAAAGGCAGACAGGCACGUGUAAAGGCUUAAGCAGCUCAUUGAUGCCCAUGACUUCAAUGGUUUUCCUCUGACACGGAAAAGGUUCACGCUAUUGAACAAGCAUCGGAUAAUUUUUGCACAGAUUAUAUGGUCCAUGGAGAGUAUCAUUGAAAGAUAUUUGUGGAAAAGAGAAAUGGCAAAAUAGGUUUUGAAAAUCUAAGCAUGUAAACAAUGCAUGCACAGCUACAUUUUGUCUGUCUGAGACCUUGUUGCUUGUCAGACAAAGAAUAUUAGUGAUUCCUGCAGGCUAGACUGUGUCCUGCUGGGAUUAACCCCGGCGGAGAGUCAGCACACGCUCAUUGUCCUAAUCUGGAAUUAGAGAAGGACCUAAGGAAAGCGGGCGGUUCCUAUGUGACCGAAACAAUGUGCCGUUCACCCUGCAGCGUCCACCACUCCUCUCAGCGUCAUAUGCAGAGGUUUAUAUAAUACUAAAGAUGGUGUUUUCAAUUGUGAAGACAAGAAGCAGGGAAAAGGGGACCUGAGACAUGGCGAGACACUGAGUGUGGUUGAGAAUGUGCGCUGUGCCUUAUUGGGAGCACGGGAUUACACUGCCUUGGCAAGGAGGUGUAGAGGGAGCUCUGGGAAUACAUAAACAGCGCUCU